GUAGAACAGCAGACGCUUCCGAUGGUCAGGAUCGUAAAAUCGUACUGUGUCAACCUUUCUGUGCAUCAAGUAAUGCAGCUGGUGGCCUCGUCCACUCGUCCCAAUGUUGAAUGGCGGCCAUUACAAAUCUAUCUGAUACGCCAAGCCCUUGCUGGAUCAACCAUGCAGCAGAAUGGAAUGGGCAUGCAGCCCUUGUUGCAUCAUCCACCACCCCAUUCCACUGAUGACACCCAUUCUGGCAUACACCUUUUGUUGUUAAUGUUGUUGUUGGAUAAUAUUCAUGAGAAUUCGUUUCUAUUCAUGUACAAGUGGAGACAAGUGGAGACCAUUCUGAAACAUUUCUGUGGAAACCUUUCAAUUAAGGGUCAAUUUCUGAUGAACAGGAAAGCCCCAUCCGGUUGAGAGAUGCCAAAUUCAACUUUGAUAAUAACCAUCCCCAGCGGUUCAAGCACUUGCACCACCAGUACUAGUGGGACCACAACCACCACGCCACCUCUUGGUCAAAUGCCUCUGCACCACCACCGUGUGCACCAACAGCGCG